AUGCUGAAGCUGUCUCGAGUGGCUCGCAGCAGCCGCUACACACCGGUGGUGGGGUGCGCUUUUCUAGUAGAGACACUGUACGGCUCCAAGUACAGUGCCAAUGUGGGCUUGUACAGCAUGCCGUACGUCUACGUGAAGACGAUUUUACUGUGCGCCACCGGGGACGGCCUCAAGCUACGCAAGGGGCGCUACAUCCACGGUCUCGUCGAGCUCCUUCUGCCAUCGAAGGUGUCACAGGACAACUUGACCAAGCUGGAGCUGCUGCAGUUUGUCGCCGCCAUCCCGAUGGAUCGCUACGCCAGCGGCAACGACGAGCCCUCAACGGUUGAUGAGGAGGAGGCGGAGGACCAGGCCGUGCUGGCGCUCAUGUUACAUGGCAACGAUGAUGCCAGCAGUGACGACCCCACGGCUGCGGCCAUUCACGCAGACUAUUGUGCGUCUUCCCCGUCACCGCUGCACGACGAGUGCAGGGCGCUGCGACGUCCUCUACAUGACUGCAGCGACGGGAACCAUAGCCGUUCAACGGAGGACGCCGCUUGCGAUCGUGAGGGCUACGAUGCACCGGCUCGCCACGGCUCUGACGCCGCCGCCGCUGCUGCUACUGCUGGGCGCAGUCGCGCCGAAGGGGCGGCGGAUGACGCAGCUGCGGUGGAGUCGAUCAUGUCCUUCGUCUCCGCUACCGCGUUUCCGUCUUCCAUUGCGCGAGUGCUGAUCUACGACGCCGUAUGCACGUGCAUGGCGGACGGGCUCUACAGUGCCAAGGAGAAGGAGCGCGUUGCACUGUUGUCGAGCCACAUCGGCCUUUCCUCUGCUGUGCGUGGACAAAUUGAAAAGUUGGCACUGCAGGAGAAGGUAAUCUCCAUUCGCAAGCGGCGCCUGCUGCUUCUCCAGCCCUUACACACGAACAAGACGCCUGAGGGGGAGGAGCGGCGCUGGCAAGCGUUCAGCACACUUGGCAGCGCGGCGAACUCGACGUCUCACCAACAGGGGCGAUGUGGAUCAGACGCUGCGAGCAGGCACGAUGCCGGCCACCGCAGCGACCACCAAGACGCCGAGGACGAGGCGGACACUUUUGCCGCCGAGGAGGCCAUACGAGUGGAGGCGGCGAAGACGCUGCUUCGGCGUGCACGGGCGCAUCGGUCAAGCAAGCGCUACGCUGGCGUCUGA